CUCAAACCAGACAACUGCAAGAUGCUGUCACAAAUGUGGAGAAGCAUUUUGGAGAGCUGUGCCAAAUCUUUGCUGCUUAUGUACGGAAAACUGCCAGACUGAGAGACAAAGCAGACCUCCUGGUGAAUGAAGUCAACGUGUAUGCCUCUACAGAGACCCCAAAUUUAAAGCAGGGCCUGAAAAACUUUGCUGAUGAGUUUGCUAAACUUCAGGAUUAUCGGCAAGCAGAGGUUGAAAGACUUGAAGCCAAAGUAGUUGAACCUUUGAAAGCUUAUGGAACCAUUGUAAAAAUGAAACGGGAUGACCUCAAAGCAACACUAACAGCAAAGAAUCGAGAAGCUAAGCAGUUAAGUCAAUUAGAAAGAACACGGCAACGAAACCCAUCUGAUCGACAUAUAAUUUCACAGGCAGAAUCUGAAUUACAGAGAGCAACAAUGGAUGCUACCCGAACAACUCGUCAUCUGGAGGAAACUAUUGACAAUUUUGAAAAACAGAAAAUUAAGGAUAUAAAGAAUAUAUUUUCAGAAUUUAUCACAAUUGAAAUGUUAUUUCAUGGCAAAGCUUUAGAGGUCUAUACUGCUGCCUACCAGAAUAUACAAAAGAUUGAUGAGGAUGAAGAUCUAGAGGUUUUCCGAAAUUCUCUGUAUCCACAAGAUUAUUCAUCUCGUUUAGAUAUUGUAAGAGCAAAUUCAAAAUCACCUUUGCAGAGAUCACUGUCUACUAAGUGUGUAUCUGGAACAGGACAGAUAGCUACCUGUCGGCUAAGAAAGGAUCAACAAGCAGAUGAUGAUGAUGAAGAUGUUGACGAGUUAGAUGUUACAGAAGAAGAAAAUCAAUUUUAAGUAAACCUUUUCAUCUUAAAUGACUUGAAAUUCUGGAUUACUAAACUGUAAAACUUUAUAUUCAGUUGAUGGGCUUCACCUCAAAAUGAAAUCCUA